AUGUAUUUAACAAUAAUAGCCAUGGAGCUGGAAAUGUUACGAUUGCUGGUUUUGCUGGUGGUGGUUAUGGUGGAACAGUGCUAAUUUAUAAAUUUCAUCAAUACAAACUUGUCAUGAUUGUGGAAAUCAAGCCAAGAAAGAUUGUAGUUGUAGAGCUUCUUGCGAGGGCCUUGGGUAUAAUUGUUCUACUCAUAUCAAGAGUAUUUGGGUCUCAGCGUCGUGAUCCUCAGUUGAUUUCUCUGUUAGGAAAUGAUGAUCAAGAACAAGGUGAUGUUGGUGGUGGACUGCAUCUCAUACUUCUAUUUAUAAUACUACUCCACCUAGAAGUUUUGGUACCAGCUCUAGUCACCGUCACCAAGAUGCAAGUUUUCGAGAAGCAUAACCUAAGCAAGUCCGAGCACCAGCAGCAUUUAAGUGUGUACGUGUGACACCAACUGGGGUGGGAUGGGGAAAACGAAUAGGACACUAUUGUAAAGAUUGGUGGGCAUGUCAGAAGGAUUUCUGUACAAUAGAUGAGUAGUGGUAGUGAAGGACUCCCAAACAUAUCCGGGUAGUGGAAGAAACCCACCUUCUUCAUCACCAAUUAUCGAUCAUUCUGAUGUACACGGUGGAGGUGUGAGCAGAUUGCUUGGAUCUGGAGUUAACCUUCCGAAGGACUCCAAGGAGGCACUGAACCUCCAGCAUGCUGAACAUGAGAUAAGGGCAGAAGCUACUACAGAGGGCAAUGCUUUGUUUUCCAUUUCAAAAUGGAGUACGGCGAUGGUUACCAACAAUCUCAGAGUACUAAAGAUGAGACUGCCUUCUCUUUGAUGUAGAUGAUACUCUUUAUCUUUUUAGUUCUGGUUUGUCAGCCAGUUGCACCAAAAAAUAAAUAAAUAGGAGAUUAUAUGCAUGAAAAGCUUGGCAUAGAGAGAAAAAUCCCUGAAAUGUGCAAUUUUCUCUACCAGACAUGGUACAAAAAUGGCCGGGCUUAGAGCUAUUUGUUAUUAUUUCGACUGUGAUGAAUACCACAUCUUUGUUUACCCUAGAUUAACAUACGGGGAUCUCAAUUCAGACCCAGUUCUAAGAAGCCUUCUAUUAAGCUUACCUUAUCGUAAAGUUAUUUUCACAAACACAGAUAAGAUCCAUGCAGCUAAGUGUCUGAACAGACUUGGUUUCGAAGGUUGUUUUGAAGGGAUCCUAUGUUUUGAGACACUGAAUUCUACUCACAGCAGCACUAAUUCCGACAGCGAAGAUGAACAAAACAAGUUUUUGAUAUAGUUGAACUUGCUUCUCGACUUGGGUAGCACUCAAUCAUAACUUCGUCAAUUGUCUGCAAACCCUCUGAAGCUUCUAUGAACAUGUCAGUAUAGCUGGCAUUAACCCAGAGAAAACAGUCCAAGAAGACGACGAUUCUGAAGAGGAGAAUGAUGGACCUGAAACCAAAAUUGCUGGGACAAUGCAGAUGUUUGCGGAAUCAGUUAGGUAAUCUGUGAUGUAGUCACCUUUUAAGGGCAAUAUAUCACGAAGAUAUGAUGAAACUCCAGGAAGAAAUCAUGGGAUUGGGUCCUGACUUGGCUUCCAUUCUUGAGCAGUUGUAUGUGCAAGAGCAACUGCUAAAGAAAGGCAGCAGAACAAGGAUAAAAGUAAUAGAGAAGAAGCUAGGGGCUGAAAGAAGAGAGUACCAGUAGAUUCAAGGAUAGAGACAGGUUGAGGAGAGGUCCAGUGAUUGAUUGCGAUUCGGUGAGUGCAUGGUUGGUUGGAAGAGCAACAUCAAUUCCUAGACCUUGAAACCAUAUCUUUCCAUCAAGUGGGGUUUACCGAUGAAGUGUCAGCUUGUUGCCAGGCCCUUCUAGAAUCGCUGCAAAGGAUCCAGGAAGUUCAUGUGCCUGUGCCUAAGCCUACAACACUGGCCCAAAAUUAAGAUUUCAGUCAUGCCCCAGCUGGGCACAGCCAGCCUUUGAUAGGAUGAUUUAGCUGAAUAGGGUACAGAUUGAAGUAUACGAGAACAGAACGUUAUCUUGUCGAGGAACUUAUUGAGGAAGGAAGGCCUCAGUAUGACACCUGAUAACAGGACAUAAUGAACUGCAGUAUGCCGAGAUAACUUUGGAAAAAAGAGGGCUGAUUUGCGACGAAGUGUUCAUGGAUAGACUUGAUGGUCCUGCCAAUCUUAUGGUAGUGUCAGAUCUUGACAUGACAAUGGUUGACCAUCAUGUUCAUGAUGAUCACACUUCACAGCUAAGGUUCAAUGCUUUGUGGGAAUCCAGUUACCGUCACGAUUCUUUGUUAGUUUUCUCGACGGGGCGUACAGUUGAAACUUACAAGUGGUUGAAGAAACGCGCACCAAUGUUGACUCCAGAUAUAAUUAUAACAUCUGUAGGAACUGAGAUAGCAUAUGGUGAAUCAAUGGUACCUGACAGUGGCUUUGAGCAAUUUAUUAAUCAAAACUGGGACCGAGACAUUGUCAUGGAGGAAACAGAUAAAUUUCCUCAACUGAAAUAUCAGUCAGAGACACAGCAAAGACAAUAUAAGGUUAGUUUUGACGUAGAGAAGGAGAAAGCCGAGGGGGUGAUGAAGGCUCUCUCAGAGUGUCUUGAAAAAUGUGGGUUAGACGUAAAGAUAAUUUUUAGUGGAGGCCAUGCUUUAGAUGUUGUACCAAAACGUGGAGGUAAAGGGCAGGCUCUUGUCUAUUUACUGAACAAAUUUGGUGAUGGUAAACAACCCCGUAAUACUCUUGUUUGUGGUGACUCUGGAAAUGAUGCCGAGCUCUUCACCGUACCAGAUGUGUAUGGUGUCAUGGUAAGCAAUGCAAUGGAUGAGCUUCUGCAGUGGCACACAGAAAAUGUGAAAAACAGCCCUAAGAUAAUUCAUGCAACUGAGAGGUGUGCAUCUGGAAUCAUACAGGCCAUUGGUCAUUUCAAGUUAGGACCAAACCUUUCACCGAGAGAUGUUAUGGACUUCCCAGAAGGCAGCCUAUCUAACACAAAUCCUGGUCAUGAAAUAGUAAAGUUCUACUUGUUCUAUGAGCGAUGGCGACGUGCAGACAUCGCCAACUCCGGACAACAUAUUCCAAACUUGAAAGCAAUCUGUUACCCAUCUGGAGUUUCUAUCAAUCCGUCUGGACAAGAGCAGCUGCUUCGUGACUGUAUAGAUGAACUACCAAAGUUUUAUGGAGACAAAAAAGGAAAAAAGUUCCGAAUAUGGGUGGAUCGAGUCACCUGUGCACAAAUUGAAUUAGGCUCAUGGUUGGUUAAGUUCGACAAGUGGGAGUUAUCUGAUGAAGGGCCAAAAGGUUGUACUGUUACUGUUGUAUUAUGCACCACGGAAUCUGCACCAGAUAGGUUUGUUUGGAUGCAUAUGCACCAGACAUGGCUGACUGGAUUUGGAGCUACCGAUCAAACUUACAGCUGGUUGUUCUAAAUAAAGGCCUAGAUUGAUUUUCUUCCAUUUUAAGAUUCAUCUUUAAAGUGAUCUAGCUCUGCACAACUCUGUUGUCCUUGUGGCACCGUGAUUUGUUCUUAACUUUUAUAAAUAACUUUAUAUACGCAGAACAA